UGGAUGGGAAUUGAUGUGGGUGCCUGGCACUACGACUAUGCUCCAACUUUUGGUCUCUAUACAGAAUCAGAUUUUGAAGGCCGGUCCGUUGUUCAAUGAACCUGCAUAUGCCACUUUGAAAGGCUCCUCUUACGGAGAAUAUGCUUCGUUCCUAUACAAUGAGACUGCUUGGAUAAAAUCACUAAAAACAAUGAUGUAUAUCAUGAACAGACCACUCAAGAACUUUGAGGAAUUUGUGGCUCUUCAUUUUCGCGUUUGUGCUCGUAAGAUUCUUCUUUUGCCACGCAAAAAGAAGCUCUAUACAAGCACGUUCAGGAAAGAUUUCUAUGCUUGCAUUGAUCUACUUAAUGCUGCAUUUAAGAAAACCACUUGAAAGACAAAAGAAUAUUACUCCUAAAUACUUGUGGGGUAAUCUUGUUAUGGUUGACUGCUAAA